AUGCAAUAUUUUGAAUUAUAUUAAUAAGUUAACAGUAAAUUUAGAAGUAAUAUAAUAAUAAUAUCACUAGAUAGAAUGAAAAAUGUAAGAGACAGUAAUUCAUUUAGUAGAUUCAAGACUCGACAAAAGUCAAGGGAAAAUGAUCAAAAUUCUCAGAUUCUUAAAUUGCAAAGUUAAUAGAAUGUCAAAAGUAAAACAAUUCAGUCUAUCAUCUAGAGUUGCCUCCCAAAGCAUAGCAAGUGAGUUUCCAUCUCUUGCCCGAGAGUUAUUAGAGACCUAAGUCAAAACCUAUGGUUUAGCCAAUCCUACAAGUAUAAUAACUCCCAAUCAUUAAUAGAAACAUUCUAAGAGAGUGUUAGAUGAGUCUCAUAAUUACUUAACAACCAAGUAUUAGGCCAACAAACUUAUCAAGCAAAAUAGUUUUGUAAAGAAUCGCUCUAGAAAAAUGCAUUCUGUUAGUUAUUAUCAUUGUAAUUGAAACAUACAAAUAAUUAUAUAGAUGACAGUAUAUAAAAAGAGAAUGAUGAGUUUUGUAUGCAUUUUAACAACAUGUCCAACGUAUCCUUCAAAGAUUACAUAGAUGUAGAAUGUAUAAAUUCCAAUUAUAAACAUUAGCACGUGCCAACAAAAUGCCAUCCGACAAAUCCUAAGAAAUAAUUGAAGGCAAAAAGCUUCUGAGCUUGGGUUAAACAGAGGAAGCACAAAAGUUAUUCGAGGAAAUUCUCCAAGUCAGCAACAACCCAGAAGCCAGAUAUUUAAAUGGCCUAUGUCAUUUGAGCAAAUCUGAAUUCUCUGAAGCCAUAGCAGAUCUUAGUCUCUUAAUUUAACAACAACCCCACUAUAAAAGAAAUGCCUACAUUCUCUUAGCCAUAGCCUAUAAAAAAUCUAACUGUCCAAACGAUGCUUUAAACACUGUAUUUUUAUUCAUUUAAAUUUAUAGUUAACUCUGGCAAUCAAACAAUUUAACAAAUAUUUUGAUGCUUAUAUUUAUAGAGGCAAACUUUUGUUGAAAAUGAAAUAAUUUGAUCGCGCACUGAAGGAUUUUACUUCUGCAGUUGAAAUCUAGCCAAAAAAGGCCAUUUCUUAUAUUGGAUAGGCAGAUUGCUACAGAUAUAUGAAUCAACCAAAACAAAGUGUCUAAGCUUGUACUCAAGCUAUUGAAUGUCAAGAUUCCUCCUUCAGACAAGCCCUUAUUAAAAGAACUCUUUUGUAUAUUGAUUUAAAAGAAUAUGACUUUGCUCUUUCAGACAUUCAAGCUGUGUUGGAAGAAGAUUACUGUGAUUCCGAGGCCCUUUACAUCAAAGGUUUCAUUUGUACUAAAAAAUGUAAAUAAUUGUGCUAUUUCAUUCUAGAUCAAAUUCAAGAAGCCUUCCUUGCUUACGAGUAAUCAAUCAAACAUAACAAUUCAAAAAAGGCAGUGUCUAAAUCUCUCUAUGAAAUUGCUAAAAUUAAAAUCGAGCAAAGAGACUUUUAUGAGGCAUUUUAUUAAUUGAGUCGUGCUGAUUAUCUAGAUGUAGAUGAGAAGAUUUUAGAGAAAUUCAAGAUCUUUACAGACGGAGUCACAUUCCUAAUGAAACGUAAAUUUGAUGAAGGCGUAGAGGCUCUUACAACACUUAUAACCAAACACUAAGUUACUGACUUUUUGAAACCCCUUAUCUAUUAAUAUAGAGCCUAUGGAUACUUCUGUCAAUCAUAGUAUUAAAAAGCACUUAAUGAUCUCAAUCAAUUGACUUCCCUUGAAAAACCCUCGAUUUAUAAUAAACUUAUCGCUGAAGGCAUCCUUGCUGCUGUUGCUAAUUAAUUUGAACAAUCUUAGGGAUACUUUUUAAAAGCCUAAAAAUUAGUGCCCAAUAAAAUGGAACCCUACUUUUAUAAAGCCACCACGUUGGUUAAAUUCUAUAGUUAUCUCAUUCCAAAAGAUGACAUAGAAAAAAAGAAUAAAUUUUUGAAUGAUGCCAUUAAAUACAUGGACUUGGCGGUCAAAAUCAAUGAACAAUCCAAUCUCUUAUUCUAUAGGGGAAUUGUUCUUUUUGCUUAAGGGAGAUUAGAUGAUUCCCUAAUCGAUCUAGAUAAAGCAAUUGAAAAAUCAGAAGAUCAUGUAGCUAAACAUUUCUAUGUGAGAGGGUUGAUACAGGCAUGCAGAGAAGCAUUUGAACCAGCUGUUAACGAUUUAACAAUAGCAUUAAAUCUAGAUGAGAAACUUUUGGAUGCUUAUUUAAAUAGAGCCAAAGUGUUUCUAUCAUUGGGAGAUAGGAAAAGUGCUUAUUAUGAUGCUCAAAAAUACAAAGAAUGUAAAUAAACUGAUCCACAAACUGACAUUCUCUUAGGAAAUUUGUUUUUUUAGAUAGGAGCAUAUGAAGAUGCUAUUCAAUCCUAUUCUGACAGCAUCAGUUCAGAAAAAAGCUUAUAAGUGUUAUAUUUUAGAGCAAAAACAUACCUCGUAAUAAAGGAGUUGAAUAGUUCAAUGCUUGAUUUAUAGAAGAUAGUAGAAUAAUCCAAUGAUAUUCAUGCUAUUGUAGAUCUAAAUCUCCUAUAGUAAUUAAAAAAUACCUCAACUGCAAAUAAUGAUUAGAAUCUAUUUUAGGAGGGUCUGCAGUGUGUAAAUCAAAUCUUAAAAAAAGGAGCAGAAGGGAGGAUAUUCAAGAAAUCAGAUAUUCUAUUUUAUAGAGGCCUAUUUUAGUUCUAUUUAAAAUAAUAUGAUAGUGCUCAAUAGGCAAUGAGAGAGUCAUAUAAAAUUAAGGAGGAGCAAUAGAAAAAGGAAUAAGGGUCUAUGAAUGAUUCUGAUUAAUAUAUUUUAGAUCAAUUGAAUCAAACACAAAAGAAACUGGAAUACAAAAGCAAACCAUUGGAAGAAUUUGAAUUCAGUGAUAGAACCUACAAUUUAUUUGAGUAUUAUUUUAAUAGAUCUGCAAUCCAUUUACUAUUAGGAUAGAUUGACUCUGCACUUCAUUAUUUAGAACAAUUACAGGAGAACAUUUAAUAGCUAGAAAUCUAAGAACACCUCUCCUUAUUCAUUCAAUUAUUGAAAGAAGAUUAGAAUCCUAAAAGUGAAAUCAAUCCUGAGCUUUCUAAGUUGACUGAAUUCAUCAUUUUUCCUUAACACAAUAGAUUAUGCUCGAUCUACCCUAUAGUUAAGCUACCUUUGAAGAAAUAUAAGCAAAAUCUAUAAUUAAGAUUAUCUUUUUGUUUGCCCACAGUAGAGAUUCCAGAAAUGAGUAUCAAAUUCGAUGAUAAAUUACUUGAGACAAUUAGUGUAUAAAUCCAUUUAUAUACAAUAUUAGCCAACCGUAGUUGAAAACAAACCAGAAGCACCAUGGAUUAAACGAUCAGCUGAAGGUGUUAUUUUUACAGAUAAUGUCCAGAUAGUUGAAGAUUUAGACCUACAAUCAACUACAAGACCUUCAAAGAAGUAGACUGAAAUCGAAGAUCCAGAAUUCUAGCAAUUUGAAGAUUAGUUAAACCAUGCAAUUGAGAAAUAUGAUUAUAGUGAAAUAGACCAGCAAGAUGACAUUAUAGAAUAACCAAAUUAAGCCAUAGAUUUGUAACAGCUUAAACAAAACUUAAUGCUCGAUUCAAAAAUUGCAGACAAAUUAAAUUCCAUUCUAUAAAAAAAAGCUUAAAAUUGACUCAUAUAUCUAUCUAUUUAUUCAUUUACAUAAAG